UCGCAGUUCUCGGCGAACAACAAAACGAUAACGACAGCCCACGCAAAAGGCUAAAAACCGUCGAAAAGCCCUAGCGACAAAAACAAAGUUCAGUGUCUCGGCCGCCGUUUAUCCUUAAAGUUGGCAGAAAGCGAACGGGUUCUGUAACCGCUGAAUAAACCCAAAAAUAAAAAAGCAGAGGUAAAAAGUACAGGAAAGUGAAAAGAAUUCCAAGGAGUGGAUAUUGGCAUACCUCUUAAUCAUAAACAUAAACGACAGAAAUGAGGCUUCUCUGGCUGCUGCUCCUUAUCGCCUGCGGAUCUGUCCAGUUCCCAGGUGUGCUGACCUUGCCGGAGGCACUCCCAGGCAAAUCUUUAGCAGCCGCUGGAGGAGGCAAUGGAGGAGGAUCCGGAGCAGGAACUGGGGGAGUUGCCACCGUUCCUACAACGGGAGACUCCAGCAAGGAUUACGAUUAUGAUGAUGAAGACUCGCAACAACGAGCUCCAGGUAACCUGGCCAAGUCCACGGCAGCAACCAAAAUUCCUGAGCCCUACUUCGACCAGACCGAAGUGAAUAUCUAUGUGCCGAAAAACGCAACCAGUGUGAAGUUAGAAUGUCCUGUCAAGAACUAUAAUGCUGAUAAGCACGUGAUACUCUGGUACAAGGAAAAGGUGAUGGUAACCAGUGGAAACAACAUAAUCAAUAAUAUUUAUGGACUGGACAACAAGUUCACCCUGACCGUUCCCCUGGAUUCCAAUACCACGGAGAAUCGGUACGAAUGCUCAGUGGCCAAUCAUGCGAAACGCCAGGUGACCAUUCACUUUGGACCAGAGCCAAUCACCACCCCGGCUCCAUCCGUAAACCCUGUCUCAGCUGUGACCUCCGCUCCUGCCAAGGACUCGGCGCCGCACGGACGAGACAUUAGCCUCUGGCUGCUCGGCCUAUUCCUGGCCCCUCUCCAAUUGGCAGUGUCCUUUCGUUUCUGAAGCGGGCCAAGUUCAAGAGCCCACUAAAAUCUGCACCACCGGCAUUACGUUUGGGGAUGCGCACCGCAACAGAUGAGCUUGACAUUGGGGUGCAGCCUUUGGACUAUAUCGAUGGCUUGGCAAACUAAGUUAGGUGUUGCUUUGUUACUGUAUUAUAUAGGAAACCGAUUUCUUUGAGGAAGCUAUCUUCCGAGAGCUAUAGAUUAUUUGAAUUUCACUUCCAACUCGGCUUCCUCUACUUCCAACAUCGAUGUUUUUAGACUCCUUAAAAGUAAUAUUGUUUGUGACGCUAUCUAUAUAGGAUCGAAUUAGCCUAGUGAUUGCUUUAGUCUUGCGCUUAACAAGUCGAUAGAUUAGUACGUAAUUGAUUUUAACUUAGCGGAACAAAAUGCGAUACCAAGUGGCUUAAUGAAUUUUUGUGAAGGGCAGUAAAGAUUUAUAUAUAUGUAUGUAUGUAUAUGAACGGAUUAUGAAUACAUAAAAACAAUGUAUGCAAUUGUGUCUGAUGUAAAACUGAAAUAAAAUAGAGCUGCUAUAGACCCAGCUGAAUCCAUUCAACGAAA